CCGCCGGCGCGCGGCCCGGUGGAGGACCGAGCCGCCAACCGCCGCCUCAGCCCCCUGGGAUGCAGCGCUGAGCCCGCAGCAGGUGUCUGGCCCCACCGGGCGGCCCAGGGAUGGCCCGGCGCACGUGAUUCCUGAGUAAACAGAAGCAUCAUUCUUGGGAAACAAGCCAAGCCCAGUACCUGCUGGUACCAAACAUCCUACACUGAGAACUCUCUGAAACGAACUUCCUCUUUGCAUCUACCCUGUGGCUUAGCUUUCAAAGCAGCGGUUCAUCUAACUGAGCACAAAAUGACUCACUCGAAGAUGAGAUGUACAUAUAUUUUCCUUCUGAUUCUGGGGGCCGUUUGCUUGUAUUUGAGCGUGUGCAAUCUGACUCCUUUUAAAGAAGAGCCGUUUAUUUUCAAGAAAGAAAGUGGGAACUUCCUUCAGCUCCCGGAAAUAGACUGCAGGCAGAAUCCUCCCUUCCUUGUCCUGCUGGUGACUUCCUCGCACAGACAGGAGACCGCCCGGAUGGCCAUCAGGCAGACUUGGGGGAGAGAGAUGGUCAUUAAAGGAAAACGAAUAAAAACCUUCUUUCUCCUGGGAGUCACAGCCAAAGAGCAGGAAAUGACACUAGUCACCCUGGAAGGCCAGCAAUAUGGAGACAUUAUCCAGAAGGACUUUGUGGACGUCUAUGUCAAUUUGACUCUGAAGACCAUGAUGGGCAUUGAAUGGGUCCACCGCUUCUGCCCUCAGGCCGCCUUUGUGAUGAAGACAGACUCCGACAUGUUUGUAAACGUCUACUAUCUAACUGAACUACUUCUAAAGAAAAACAGAACAACUAGGUUUUUCACUGGCUUCUUAAAGAUGAAUGAUUUCCCAAUUAGGAAAAAGUUCAAUAAGUGGUUUGUCAGUAAAUACGAGUACCCGUGGGACAAGUACCCUCCAUUUUGCUCUGGCACGGGCUAUGUUUUUUCUAGCGACGUUGCAAGCCAGGUAUAUUAUGUUUCAGAGAGCGUCCCCUUCAUUAAAUUAGAAGAUGUGUUUGUGGGGCUCUGCCUGGAGAAACUGAACAUCAAGCUGGAGGAACUUCACUCGGAGCAGACGUUUUUCCCUGGAGGCUUGCGCUUUUCCACGUGUCGCUUUAAGAGAAUUGUGACCUGCCAUUUUAUCAAACCUCCAGAAAUGUUGACCUAUUGGCAGGCUCUGGAGAGUUCCGCGGCAGAAAAGUGCCCAGUUUUCUGAGGCGAGCCUAAGGGCACAUCUGGACAAAGGUCAGACCACCCACAGUGAUCCUUGUUGGAAGUUGGUGGAUGGCCUUGCUGAGAGUCCUCAGGUGUGGGAGAGGAAGAAGGGGAGGGAGAGGGAGAAGAGCGAGGAUGAUAGCCUGCAGUGCUCCAGAUCCAAGCUAGAAAACAAGCAUAAAUGAGACCACUGAUCAUUCUCAUUUGGUGCCCCAAGCAAUAAGAGAUAGCACCUCUGGAGGACCUUCACUGCUGUCCUAAGUGUUUGAUAGACACCUACACUUUCUCAUUUCAACAGCCACUAUCCAUACAAAGUGGUGGGUGUUAUCCCCAUUUUACAGAUGAGGAAACUGGCUAGAGAGGCACAGUGACUUGUCCCAAGGCUCCCAGCCAGCAAACAGUGGAGCAGAAGGGAAAAUCAAGCGCCAUCAGGAUCCACUUGGCAGCCUGACCCUCUGUGCUCCUCCGCUGGGAGAUAAAGGUGAUUGCAAAGGCUCACAGGGAAGUUUAGUUCUCACCUUCAGUCUCUUUCUAACGCCCCUUCUCCUAACUGCUGAUCCUUGAGUUUUGAAUGCUAUGACGAGGAUGCACGAACUCGCCCCCAGCAUCCUUGAUGCUCUGGGAUGGGUCUGGCUAGGCUGUGUGUCCGUGUUAGCAGCUUGGAACUGCACGUAUCCUCCAGCCACACCCCAGAAGACGUCAGUGGGCUGGCUGCAGCUCCCCUCAUAGGAAACGGUCCGCCCCAGACAGAAAUAGAUGUUUAUAAAUUGGGCUCAGAAAUCCCUGUGGCCCCAGCU